AUGUGGAAGGCUGUAGUGUUGACGUUUGGCCUGUUGGUGGCGCUGGUGGGUAUGGUGCAGGCUGCAGAGGGCCAGGCUAACUCUAUCUACGGGGUGAAGCUGUGCGGGAGAGAGUUUAUACGGGCCGUCAUCUUCACCUGCGGAGGAUCGCGUUGGAGGAGAGGAGUGGGCGAUGCAGGUGACAUCUCCAUUGACGAGGAGACUGAGGCCUACAGCCCAUGGAGCUCCAACGCCAUCCCCGGCCUCGCCAGCAAGCAGCGUCCAGGAUUGGAGGCCCAGGGCUGGGCAGGCGAGGUCAGGGAGGGGGGCUCUGCCGCUGCUGUGUUCAGUCGUUUGGCCCGCUCGCCCAUCUCAGAGGAAGUGCUAGAGGCGCUGCGCAGCGCGGACAGGAAGGGGCGGGAUGUCGUGGUGGGCCUCUCCAACGCCUGCUGCAAGUGGGGCUGCAGCAAGAGCGAGAUCAGCUCCCUCUGUUGA